UCGAGUGGACGAUAGAUUAUUUGGCUCAAUUCUUGCUUUAUUUUUACUGCAAUGAAAUAAGAAUAUCAUUUUCCUUUAAGGUGUAUGUCUAAAGCAUCGUUAAUACUAAGCGUUUAAAAUGUAAAUGUGUCUUUGUAGUUAAGUGUACAGAUCAAGUUAUCAUCAAAGAGUGUGUAGUACAGUAAAUAGUUCAUGAUGAGUAUCAGACGGCUGUCAACUGUGUUCUGGGCGACGUGCAUCAUGGCGUUCAUAUUCAUCCUGUAUGUGGUGACGGACCUGAGCUUCAAGCUGCCGAGCAUCAAACCAGCUAUGCAGGAACUUGAUGAUAGCAAAUGGUCCAUGUUUGAAUCUAAACUCCGCCACAUAGAGGACGAAUUAAACCAGCACCACGCAGUAGUGGGUGAGAUCAAAUCAGCCAUGGAUCAAAUCGGGGAACAUCCGGAGCUCGCCCAGCGUGUUGACCCACAGGAGAAUGUUCUGCAAAUACCAAAGCAUAGGGGAAAAGAACAAGUGCCAAAACGUGCUGGAAAGGAUAGGGAGAUGAAGGAGUUUAAGGCGGUGGUCGCUGAGCCGCCUAAGAUGAGGCCGAAGUUGAAUGAGUCUGGUUGUCCCAUACAGAAGCAUGUCACGCCAAAAACGGAUGUACAGAUGUUAUCAAUGUAUGAUAGAAUAAUAUUCGACAACGAGGACGGCGGCGUGUGGAAGCAGGGCUGGAAAAUCGAAUACGACGACAAGCAAUGGAGCCAGAAGAACAAGCUCAAAGUGUUCAUCGUGCCGCACUCACAUAACGAUCCAGGGUGGCUGAAAACCUUCGAGAACUAUUACAAGACGCAGACCCGCGCGAUAUUCACCAACAUGGUGGAAAAGAUGGCGGCCGGCGUCGGGCGCAAGUUCAUCUGGGCGGAAACCAGUUUCCUUGCCUUGUGGUGGGACAACGACGCCUCAGAUAAGGAGAAGGAUAUAUUUAGGGGCCUCCUAAAAUCCGGCCAAAUCGAGAUCGUAACCGGCGGCUGGGUGAUGAAUGACGAAGCCAACUCCCAUUGGCUCUCCAUCAUCCAGCAACUCACCACGGGCCACCAAUGGUUGCUUCACAACCUUAACUACACGCCGAGAAACGCGUGGUCUAUAGACCCGUUCGGAUAUUCGAGUUCACAACCUUAUUUGCUCAAGUUGGCUGGGUUUGAGAACUCUAUUAUUCAGAGAGUGCAUUAUAGAGUGAAGAAGGAGCUGGCCCAGAAUAGGCAGUUGGAGUUUAAGUGGAGACAGUUGUGGGAUGGCGUUGGUAAGACUGAUAUGUUUACUCACAUGAUGCCUUUCUACUCCUACGACGUUCCUCAUUCUUGCGGACCUGAUCCCAAGGUUUGCUGCCAGUUCGAUUUCAAACGACUGCCAGGAAAUGGCGUCACUUGCCCGUGGGGCACGGCGCCCAGGAAGAUUAUACAAAAGAACGUCCAUGAGAGGUCGCAACUGAUCUUAGAUCAGUGGCGGAAGAAGGCCCAGCUUUACCGCAGUAACGUAGUGUUGUUCCCACUCGGUGACGAUUUCCGUUACGACCGCUCCAACGAGUGGGACAACCAGUAUCAGAACUACGAGAUGAUUAUAGACUAUAUUAAUAAUAACGAGGCAUGGAACGCGGAGAUACAAUUCGGAACUCUCCAAGACUACUUCAAAGCUUUGCACGAAGAGAUGAAGCUGUCGGACUUCCCCGUACUUUCUGGAGAUUUCUUCACGUAUGCGGAUAGGAAUGAGCACUACUGGAGCGGGUACUACACGUCGAGGCCGUUUUAUAAGAACAUGGACCGCGUCUUGUUAGCUUACGUCAGGGCAGCGGACAUAAUAACGGCACAAGCGACAUCAUCCAACUCAGUCACCUACAUUAUGUCGCUGUCUUUAAGAGACAAGGUGGAGGCUGCGCGGCGCUCGCUGGCGCUGUUCCAGCACCACGACGGCGUCACCGGCACCUCGAGGGACGACGUGCGCGCCGACUAUGCUGCCAAAAUGCUGACAGCUAUCAAAUACAGCCAAUCCGCAAUCCAACAAGCGGCCUACUUCCUCCUUAAACAGCCCGACAUCCUCGACCAAACUCAAGAAGACGUGUUUUUCGAUGUGGAUGACAUCUGGCGGCAGAAGGACGAGAUUCCGUCGAGAAUAACUAUGACUCUGGACCCUCUCUCGUCUUCUAGGCGGGUGCUGCUGUAUAACUCGCUGACGUUUAGACGCCAGCAGAUAUUGACUCUGUUCGUGUCUACGCCACAUGUUGAGGUAUUCGAUCCAGAAGGCAAACCAAUGAUGGCCCAAGUGUCACCAGUGGUGUCGGGGGAGAAGCGGCUGGCAUUCGCCGCGAACAAGUUCCAACUGUCCUUCCCUGUUACUGUGGAACCUUUAGCAAUAACUACCUACACCGUGUCGCUACGGGACACCACUACCAUUAACAAAUACACAGCCUUCUCCCGCGUGCGCGUGUAUAACGCGGACUACUGGAAUAUCGACCUGCCAAAGAUGUUCGCCAUCGACCAACCCACCGCCCGCCUCAGCGAGGAUGUCGCCUUCCAAGCAGGCAACGGGACCAGAACUGUCGCCACCAUGAAUGGACUGAUUAAGGCUCUAGUGACGCCUAGUGGGGAAACUAUCCCUGUCCAUAUGGACUUUGUACAAUACGACUCCAUGCAAGCACCAGACAACAACAGCGGAGCAUAUCUCUUCAUCCCAUCCAAGCCAGGGACUGUGUUCCGCGCGGACGCUUUCCCUGAACUGGUCAUUACGGAAGGACCAUUCAAAGCCACGCUGUACACCGGCCUGAAUGGACCUAACUCUGCAGAGAUCGUGUUGGCGAUCUCCGUGUUCGACAACCCAUCGCUACCGCAGACUGAAGUGGAGAUCUCCAACACGUUCCUGAUCGACCCGCAGGUCAACGACCUCGAGCUGGCCAUGCGAUUCUCGACCUCCAUCAAGAACAAAGACACGUUCUAUACGGACCUUAAUGGCAUGCAGAUGAUAAAACGUCGCUAUUUCGAGAAGCUGCCCCUCCAAGCCAACUUCUACCCGCUACCGGCCGCAACAUACAUCGAGGAUUCUGACGCGCGUUUGACGUUGCUCACGUCAACGCCGCUCGGCAUGGCGGCGUUGCAACCUGGCCAGCUAGAGGUUAUGCAAGACCGGCGUCUGAGCAAAGAUGACAACCGGGGAAUGAAUCAAGGCGUACUGGACAACGUGCGGACAAGACACACCUUCCGCCUCAUAUAUGAAAAGGCCAACAAUCCUUGCCAGCAAAAGCAUUCCCCUGACCACCCAAGCGGUCAGCUGACCCUCGGCGCCCACGUGUCAUCGCAGACCCUCCUGCACCCGCUCGUGGCGCUGCACUACUCCGCGCGGACCGGAGUAGCCCGGCCCGCCUACAAGCGAGCGCGGACCAGCGCCGCUGACGUUGUACUAGCGGAGUUUAGUGCGCAUGUCUCGGCCAAGAAAGACGGCAACACAGUCCACGGCAUGGGCAUGACCUUUCAGAGGGUAUACCUGGAUAAGUGCUACGGGAACCCGGAGAUCGCCAAGUGGUACCCGACCAGCGAAGGCAUCAUCCAACUAUCAGAUAUGGUAGACGCCGCACCGGAGCAAAUAUUCGACAGCUCCUUAACUUUCAACCACGUACGGAACCCCGUGCCCGACGGGGCUCUCACACUCUGCCCCAUGGAAAUACGAUCCGUCUUCAUCAACAAGACUUUGAAACACGGCUGAACUGUAACCUAGACAGAAAACGCGCGAAUAGUAAGGACGGUUGGUUAAGAAAAAUAUUAAGCCUUAAUUAAGCAAGGGGAAUAAAUUAUCACCUUUGAACUUUAUUAUCUCUUUUCGAUAAGGUUGAAAUCUUUAAAAAACCACGUCCUCGUUCCUAUUUAAAGGACAGAGCACACCGGCUGUGUUGGCUUCAGACUCGGGUAAAUCCGUCAGAUUUUGCGAUUUUAGUAUUAAGAAAAGAUAAUAGGGUAUAUAUUUCCUAAGAGGGCCAAAUGGAUUUACCCGAGUUUGAAGUUAUGCGGCACAAGUUUAGCGCUGCGCGUGCGCUACAAUUUCUAUUGAGUAGGAAAAGUGUUAUCGAAAAAAAUGCAAGAAAGGCCGUAUAAGGGAAGAAAAAAUGCCCUUCACGAUUAAGAGCUGUUUUUUUUUAAAUAUAGUUUUGUUGAAAAAUUCCCAGUGGUUCAGCCAGGAAAAAAUAAAAUCCGGAUUCAGGAAAUGUGACUUUUCUCCAAAACUAUUAAAUUUUUUCAUACCAUCUUUGUGUCAUGUCAAAAAUUGUUUUUUUUUACUUCUUUACAAAGAGGAUUUAUCCUUAAGUUCUUUGGCAGUGUUAGAAUAGCAUAAGAAUAAAAUGUAAAAAAAAAAAACAACCAACUAACAUUUUUUAUUUAUUUUGACACUGUUGCACUGUUGCUUUUUGAUUUUGACCGUCAAACUAAUAUGACUGACAGAACGCUAAAUAAGGCUUUUUUUAGAAAUGACAUUUGGAGUGGUCACUCCUUCAGGAAUGAGAAAAAAAUGUUUUUUUUUUUUAAUUUUGACUUACUAGUUUUUUACAGAGAUGUUAGAUGGAGACUCAAUUUUCUUUCAGGAUAUACAUAUAUACAAUUUAAUAACCAAAAUGAAAAAAGAUGGUAAGAUAAAGUUGAAUAGUUUUAGAGAAAAGUCAUAUUUUAUAAAUUCGGAUUUUAUUUUUUCCCGGCUGAAACACUCGGAAUUUUUUAACAGAACUUGGCACAAUUGUACUACUAGAUGUAAGUAACUAUAGAAAAAAAAACUCAGCUCUUAACUCUUAAAUGCAUAGUGACGGAUGCAGCCUCUACGACAAAAAACAUAAUUUUAUGCAUAAUUAGAUAAAAUUGAUUUGGUCCUGUAUAACUAUUUUGAUCGUAAAUUAAUACACUUUCCGAUGUUUUAUUCAAAUUUGCGCAGUAUUUUAAAGAAAAAAUUGAUGAGUUUUAGUUUGUAAUUUAGGCGUUUUUUUCGGGGUUUGCAAUUAUUUUAUAUUUAAAAUCUGUAUUAUAGGCAAAGAGGAUAUAAUAAGAUAGAGCGGUACUGUCAUAGUAAAUUUUGUAACCACUGUAAAUUCACUGCCAUCUAUCGACAUACUUUAAAACUAAAAAUGAAGAUUUAUAAAAAUACGUUAAAAUGUGUUUAAAUGUGGAUAAAUGAUUUUUUAUUUGCAUUAAUUAUUUUUAUAUGAUUUUGACCCAUGUUCUUUCACUGAUAUGCGUUUUAUAAAUAACAAACGAAACCGUGAACGCCCUCUAUACAAGAGUAGGCCAAAGCUAGUGGCGCCAUCUGAUCGAGAAUCAAAUUUUCGUGUGAUUUUCGAGGCACGUUUUUUCCUUAGACUGUAUCCAUCUAUUACGGAGUUAUAUCCAUCUUUGUUAUAGGUAUAUUAUAAAUAGUAUAAAUUUCUAAUGGUAGUAAGAUUUUUCAUAUAUUUUACCAAUAAUGGUAUAUUUACAUAAAUUAUGAUUUAUUAUUUUUCCCAGAAUCAGUAAACAAUUAUGUAACACAUAUAUUAAUUUCAGGCAAAAAGAAAAAAAUCAUGCAUUUAUGGGUUAAUCAUAAAAGGGCAUUUUUUUCUUCCCUCAUCCUGCUACGGCCUUUACUGAAGAACUGGAAUCUGGAUAAUUAUCAAUUAUCAAUAGGGAAUAUUACGCGAAACUCUGCGCAGGGGGCGCCAGGGCGCCACUACCACAAUCUGAGGGUCUAUCGUGAAGCAAGGAAAUUUCUUUAUCUAACAUCUCUGUCACUCUUGCAUAUUCGAGCGACAAAGAGGCAGAUACGCAGAUAGCGAACUUUCGGAGUCGUGUUUCCCGGUAGGUCCUCUGUAAGCAAACCGCAUUGAUGCAUCAAUGUGAUAUUUUAUUAUCUCUGAAAACCUGUUAAAGGUACAGUGUAUAUAAGUUACUCUAUGGUUUACUAAAAAGGCUAGUCCUGCACUCUGGUGGCAGUACAUUAGUCAAUCACAGCCGAAAGAUUAAUGAGAUUUUGUAAACGAUAUUCACAUCGUUUCCAAAAAUAGAUUUUUAAGGAAAUAUUUAGUCAAUGCAAUGUGACAACUGUAUUUGUUAACUUCAAACAUGUUUACAUUCUGCGACAACAUAGCGUUACGUAGUUUGCGUUGAGUACAGCGACAUCUAACGGCAUGUUAGGAAAUAGUUAUUUGUUAUACAAGGGUGCAAAGUUGUAUUUUACCCGCGAGUGUUUUAACACACGAGAAGUAAAAUACAUUUGCACCCGUGUGUAACACAAAACUUUUCCCCUCACUAUAGCGAGGAAAGUGCAACAUCCACAGGCGUUAGAUCAUCUUCAUCAACUGGAAUCACUCAUUUUUUUACGAUAUUAUAACAAAAAACUCUGGAAAUUCUGUACUUUUACGUGAGAAGUUUUUAAGUAAAAUUUUUGUUGACAGUGUUGACAUUUCUGACGUAUGAAAUGUCAAUGAUGCGUUUUGAAAUUGCAUCGACUUAACUUGUGCGUUCAGAAUUAUAUUUAACAUAAUUAUUAAAAAAACAAACGUUUAUUAUGGAAUUUUAAGGUUUAUGACUUAAAAUCAAAAAAUAAAGCUAAAUCUGGUAUUUUUUAUUAAAUUCUCAAACCAUUUAUUUAAUGAUAAUUAAUAUCGAACGAACCAUUAUUAUGAGCGUUUUACGUUUUGUUAUCUGUCAAGCUACUUAAACACGCUCCAUCCAAGGUCAAAUUACUUUCCCCACUAGUGGAUAAAAUGCGUUUUUCCCCGCUUGUUUUAAAGGAUAAAAGACGGGUUUCCGAGCUAGUUAGGGGAAAUAGUUAUUUGUUAUACAAGGGUGCAAAGUUGUAUUUUACCCGCGAGUGUGGAAUUGAAACAUGAGCAAGCGAAAGGAUUCUAUAGUUGAACCACGAGCGAAGCGAGUGGUUCUAAAAUAGAAUCCUGAGCGUAGCGAGUGUUUCAACACACGAGAAGUAAAAUACAUUUGCACUAUACACUCGUUUGCAAUAUUUAACUUACGCCCAUAUUGCACAAUGUACUAUUGUUUCUGAGUCAUGAGCGUUCAUUGUAUGUAAGUAUUUAUAUUAUAAUAAUCUCUAAUCAUUGUGAUUUGGGUCUCACAACGACUGAUGUAACUAAAUGCGCAUGCAAAUGUGCACGUUUCAAAAUAAGGUGAAAACUGUCAAGAAACUAGUUUUCUGGUUUUUGUGUGGCUCAUGGCGUUAUACAUAAACUUCUGUCAAAACUUAUUUUAAAACGUGCAUAUUAAUAAUACUUAGGAUAUACCUAUACAUACAUCUUUAUCCUUUUUCAAAUACUGGCAAGUCGAGUUUGUACGUGAUAGAAGUUAGCGUAGGAUAUACCUAAGUACUAAGUGUAGCAAGGUAGAAAAUCAAGUAAAUAACAUCUGUCUAGCACAAAGUAAAGAUAAUAGCAUUGUUACGCGUGUUUCAUACUAUACCUUGAUGUCAAUGUCGGCGGCCGAUGGUAAAAUCAGGCAGAUCAUGAAAUUCCUAGGCAUACCGUGAAUCGUGAAAAUCAUUAUCUCGUUCCCUGAGUCGACGGAGCUCCGCGUCUGAAGCAACAACGAACCUAUCCUACCUAUCUAUUGGUUUAACCUUUUCGACGCCGUGUCAAACACAAAGCUGUCACUCAGACGCCACGUCACCGAAGUAUCAAAACUGAAAUUGAACUUUAUGCACAUGCACGUAGGUCUAUGUUGCUCUGUGGUCUGUGACGGAUUAAUCAGUCUUUGGCGUUCGACCUGCGGUGCCGAUAUAUCCGUCAUUAGGGUCCAAAAGGUUAACGUGACUUCCGUCAAAACUUUACGAUCGGCCGCCGACAUGGAUAAUAUAAUACAUAUUGAAUUGCUAUUUUCAGAUUUAUUAAUGCACGGAGCGGGUUAAUGAAAAAUAGUAUGAGCAACGUUAGGUGACGCAAGCGUGCGGCGGUUUUUACCUACAAUGCCACCCGCUUGCGUGCGCCCGCUCCGUUAAUCCGGACGCACUUAGGGUCGGUUGCACCAAACUGUUUGUCAUCGUUAAAGUUCGCAAAAUUUUAUUGUAUCGAAAGUUUCAUAGUAAACCGCCGCGGCGCGCCGGGUGACGUUGAUCAGUCUGUCAAGUGCGGAUGGUGCAACUGGCACUUAAUAUGAUAGAUAGUACUGUCAAGUUAGCGUUGUACAAAUGUGCUAGUUGCAGCAGUUUCCACGUCUGAAUAUUAUUACAGGAAUCGGUUUCCAUGUUGGGAAUGUCUGAGAUCUUUCCAUGUGGAAAGUUAAGCAGUUUUGGAAACGUCGGCACAUUAGUAGUAAACUCUUGGGCUCUUAUUUAUUUUACAGUACAUCUUAUAUAUUUACGACACCUGUAUAGCACAGGGUGUCGUAAAAUAUAUAAGCACAUUACGUAACUACGUCGAAAAAAGGGCCAUAAUUAUGUACGUUGUACGAUACACGUGCGAAUAGGUAAUUCGCAAUUCGUGUCACAUUCGUGCAACACGACCGGAUGGAGUGUUUUAAAAGUGUUGCGAAUUUCCUAUUUUUCGCACUUGUAUCGUAAAUAACUAAUGAGUGUGAUUAAUAUUAUUUUGAUUGUUUUUAGUGUUUGCUUUUAGUGUGGGAACAUUUUAUUUGUUGUAAAUAUGUGUCGGGUUAAUUAGCGCUGACGUUGCACGAUUAUUAACCCUUUUCCAGGCAUAGUACCUACGAUUUAUCGAUCACAUACGCGCCAAUAGACUAUCAACUUUAGCAUUCCGAUUUAAUGUUCAAAUUAGAUUGCACUUUUGGGAAAUGUGACGUCUUUAAAUGAAUGAUCAAAGUUGGAAUAAUUGGAAUAUAUAGUUUGUCAAAGGACUGUCUCAUUUCAAACGUAGACAGAGAGAAUCAUACUAUCUUUGCCUUACAUUAAUACUAGCACCCAAAAGAUAAGGAUGAGUGUAGUUUUUUUUCGUUCUUAUUUACUGACAAUUUGGUUUGACAAACUAUAUUUGGAUUUUUUGGGAAAACCUUGUAUUUCAGGCAGCACCAAUAUAAAAUAGACUACAUAUUCAAAAUAGUUAAGCAUUUCAAGAGUUAUCAAGAGAAGUUCAGUCUAAUUUGGACUUUAAAGUUGCAAUUCCGUUUAGAUGUUAGUGGUGGAUAAAUAGCUAUGCAUGGAAAAGGGUUAAAAUAAAAUACCAUAAUGGCAACUUCCUUAAGAUCCCCUUUCAUAUAGACACAUAUUUGUCCAUUAGGUUAAAAAUAUUAUUUGAUAAUGUUUUCUGAUUUAAUUAUUUUUUUAUUUAAAAAUUAUCCCACAAACAUGUAAAGAUGUAUAAUAUAUUUAUAGUGAGAAACGAUCUCAGCAAUCUUUAGUAAUAAUGGUGUAAUAAAUCUCCUAUAGAUGAAAUUAUAUAAACAGUUGGAUUUUAAUAAUCAUAUAUCCAUCCAGAUAAAAUUGUUUAUUUAUUUUACAUAUUAUAAAAUAAAAUGUUGUUUUUAUCUGCUUUCUCCUAUUAUUAUAAAAUAAUCAUGAUACUUUUAUAUUUCAAUCUUUGUUCAUGUAAAUAUAACGUCUAAAAUUA